UGUUUUGGGGCAUCUUUGUGACAACUAUGAGCCGCUGAACUCCUGUUUAGCUGGACUGAGAGACGGAAGGGAUCAAGGCUGCGCAAGGUCUAGCCGAUUGCCAGGGUACAUAAAGACGCAGCUAUUAAUGGCAAGGCUACCUGCCGGCCAAUGAAUAUGUCAGUGUAUUGGUAGAGAAUACCCGGAAGUCCGGCGCAACCUGUAUGCGUCCUACCCUCCUACGACCGUCCGACUAAAGUGGUCGCCAUCCGCUUGUUGAUACGGCAGUAGACAUCCUUCACCGCGAGUACGUCGCUGCCGAUGCACGGCGUCGCCAUGGGUCGUCCAGAUAGCGGAACAAAGCAACCCCUUGAGCAGUCCCAACAAUCUCAAAUACGACGCAGUCGUCUAGAUGCUUCCCAAGGUGCCGCGCACCGGAGCAACCAACGGAGCGCGAAAGACGAUACCGAUGCUGAGGCAGAUGUCGUUGAGUCGCUUCUCACCUUACGCCAACUCACCUCUAGCAACUCUGGGAACGGACGCGCCCAACCACCUAGUGCUAUUAUUCCAGACCAGCCCACGAGGAGCGCAAGCAUUGGCGACCCACAUCCGACUCGCCUAGGGUUUCUGCACGAGCCAAACGCGGGCCCUGCUUUCGCACGACAGCUAACAUCCCAGGCUGCUCCGAAUACGAAGACUGGAUCCUCCACAAGAACCAGUGGCGGUGGGGACACAGCACCGCCGCCAGGUGCCACCGCUACCUGCUCUCGGCCAAACAGCUUUAGCAGAAAACGCAAACCUGCGGCCUCUGAAUUCUCGCCAUGUGAGGAAGCAGACGCUUCUGCGGUGGCUGCUUAUGUCCCCAGCAGCAAGGGUAGCAAUGGGAGCGGCAGGCUGGGCUCUCUCCGCACAGCUGCAGAAGCGCAUGAGGCCACGGCUGCGGCUGCAGCUACGGCGUCGGCUAGUGCAGCUGCCGCCUGGCUGCGGCUGCAGCAGCAACUGAGUAGCGCGGCUGCCGCAGAGGCCUCGCUGGGCCUGCAGCAGGCGCUGGCAGGAGUGGCUGGCGGCGGUACGGCGGCUGUGGGCGCUGCGGAGGCGCUUCGGGGCAGUGGCUGGUGCGUGUGGUGGGUAGGAGGGCUGUGUAGUACGUGGGAAAUGCUGUCAGGAACAGCCAGAUAGAUCGCCCAGGCACUGUCCUGAGUGUCUUACACCUGCAUACCUGCUGUUUCUUACCAGAAUAGCGUCCCUAUCCAACCCUUCCUCCCAACUCUUACCUCCCACUCUUCCCUCCAACGUUUCCCACCAACGCCGCCCCUGAUCCUUACCCCCAACUCGCCCUCCUGCCAAGCGUGUCUGCAGUGAGCCCCUGCUCCACGCCGGACAGCGACUGCCCCUAGCCGCACUCGCGCAGCUGGAGGGCCGGGAUGGCGGCGGCGGGGGGAAUGGCCCAGCUGGGGGCAGCGGCGCGGGCGGCAGGGAAACUGUUAGCAGGAGCAGGGGCGGAUUCAAGCCGGCUGCGGCGGCGUCCGGUAGCGAGGGUGUGGCAGGGGUCGGGUCAGGGGGCGGCGGCGCCUCCGCUGCCCCGCCCUCCGCCAAACGAGCCCACUUGGAACCCAGCCGGCAGCCCGCAGCUGUUCCCCAGCGGCACCAACCGCUGCUGCAACAACCACCAGCGUCUAAAGCAGGGGCAGGAGCAGGAGCAGGGGCAGCCAUGGAGUCGGUUAUGGUGGGAGCAGGGCCAGUAGGCGGAACAGGCGGAGCAGCAGGGGCAGGAGCAGCUCAGGCCAUCUCCCGCGCCGCUCAUGCGGCUGCAGCUGCUUCCGUGGCAGCAGCGUCGGCGGCAGCAGCGGCGGCGGUCUCAGAGGGGCAGCUCCCGACCGCCAGUGGAGAGGGCUGCAGCGGGAGCCAUGGCGGCGGAGGCGGGGAGUCGCCUGCGGGGCACAGCGGUAGCGGCAGUGGCAGUGGCAGUGGCAGUGGUAGUGGCCGGGCUGCGGUCAGCGGUAGCAACCGGAGUGCCAGUGGGGAGGCUGCUCAGGUAGGCGCCGUCGUGGGGGAAGCUGCAGCUGCUGCUGCCCCUGCCACUGAUGCGGUGGCAGCUGCUACAGCUGCGGCCCUGGGCUCUGGAGGCGCGGGCGCGGGGUCGGUUAUUUCGCUGCUCCACAUGCUUGCUAUUCAGCAACAGCGGCAACAUCAGCCCCCAGACCAGGAUCCUAAUCAACAUUAUGGUCAUCAUUACCAUCAUCAGCAGCAGCUGCAGCCGUACGGCAGCCAUGGUAGUCCAAAACGAGGUACUCAAUGCACCAACAACGGGCACAUCACCGCUGUUGCUGGUGACGAUACCACAGCUGCCGCUCCGCCCUCAUUGCCGCAACCUGGCUGCCCCCAGCAGCCGCCCUCAGCCGCCCUCCACGGGCCCUCCUCCGCAGUAGCAGCACUCGCUGCAACCCACAACCAUGAUCCCCAAGCAUACCAACCCCGGGGCCAACACGCGUUGCACCCCCAGCCACAAACGCACCGACACCAUCACAGCUCCCACACGCUUCCUCAGCAUCGCCUGCCGUCUCAACACGCCCCUGCCGGCGGUGUGGGAGGGCCACCCGCUCCCAAACCGGGCCCCCAGCCGCAUGGUCUGCCAAGUCACAGAUACCCAGGCCCACACGGCCCCCAGCACCAUCAACAUCAUCACUAUCAGACUCAUCACCACAACGGUGGCCAUGUGCAGCAGAAGCAUGCAGAUGUCCUCCAUCACCCCUAUCAGCAGCCCUACCCAGGCGACCCACGGUUCACGAGGAUGAGCGACCCACGGGUCAGCCAUGGUCCAGAAGCCCUCGCAAGGGACAUUGCUGAGGGUGGGGGAGUUGGUGAGCCGCCCUACCUCCAGCAUCACCGAGAGGGGAAUCAACAGGAGCCGCCAGUGGGCGGCCUGCAGCCCUUCUCGCAUCAUGUGACGGCGGGAAGGCACGUCAUGUACGGGGCAUGUACGGCAUUCCGGCGGCAGAUGCUGUACAGUCCCAGAGGGGUACCCACGGAGUUUGCGUUUGCUGCCGCGGGUGGCGGAGAUGCCAUGCAGGUCGAUCCCUUGGCAUCGGCACCGCAGCAUCAGCAGCAGCGCCCACCUACUCUGCCCCACAUGACGGCUAACACCCGUACCUUUCAUAACGAACCGGCUAACCGUCAAGGUCAGCGAAUACCUUUCGACGGCAGUACCGCUGAUGACGAUGCACCCUUCUUUGGCAGCGACGCGUUGCCGUACACCGAUAACAACGGUGGCGUCGCCAACGGUGGUGCAACUGCCGCCGCCGCAGCAACCACCGCUAGCGCUGGUGUUAGUGCUGCUGCAAGCAAUGAGCGACCCGACCGUAUUAUUUCCUCGCUAGCCGCCAUAGAACGGAAGUUGCGGUUACAAGAGGAACGGUUGAUGUACGAACUCAAGCAAGUACGGCUGCUACGACAACUCUUGCACGUCAAACAGAUGAAGCAAAUGGUGCUGGAGGCCAUGCGAUGCAAGGAGGGCGCGACUGCUGAGGGCGCAGCCGCCGCCACCGCUGGUGGCGAUGACGUCGACGACACGGGUGUGGGUCUCAUGGGGGCGGGGGCGGGGCCGGGGGCGGGGGCGGAUGUGGAGGCGCAAGAGGCGGCGGUGCUGGCGGAGCGUGAUGGGGGGUGUGAUGUUGCGCCAGGACCGACGGAGGAUGUCAACGAGGGCUGUGACAACGAAGCAGUGAUGGUUACCGCAGCAACGGAGGCGGAUGAUGCGGAGGCUCGUCGACCUGUGAUGCCGGUGUCAGGUGGGGCAUGGCAAGGGGAGGCGGCUGGACGUACACAGCAACAUCCGCCUCAUCAGCCGCCUCAUCAGCCGCCGCAGCCGCCGCAGCCGCACCAGCAGCAGCCGCAGCCGCAGCGGGUGGUAGGCGGCUGCAUGCAGCAGGUCCCUGCCGAGGGAGGAACUGCUUCCGGUGGCGAAGCGGAGGAGCCCGACCAGCGGCCCGCUGCUCCUGCUUGCAUCCCGAGCAGCACCCGCGAUGACAACGCUGGGGCCGCCGCCGUCGCUGCCGCUGCUAGCCCCUUUGGCGGCAGCGGCGGCGGCGGCGGCGGUGGUGGUGGCGAUGACGGCGGUGGUGAUGCAAUGGCGACGAAUCGCCUGCUGUGCUAUCUUGCCCACCUGGCCUCCUGCUCGCCGCAAGCGAGAGGCACGCAAGGGCUGGCACAGCCGCCGCCCCAACGGCAGUCACAGCAGCCGCAGAAGCUACCGGGUCGACAAGGUGUCCCUCCGGAGGACUGCGACCUGCCGCAAUGCACUACACACGUGCCAGCGCCGGCGGCGCCGGUGACGGCGACGCAAAGUAAGGACCAACGAAAUGCUGAAGGCGUCAGCAAGGGCUGCGAAACAUUACCUUCUUACCAGUUGCCGUACCCGGCAGCACUUCUCAAUGCCGUUCUCGGAGGCUGUGGCGGGGCCGUUGAAGCUGUGGCUGGUGCUGCUGGUGCCGUAGAGGGUAACGUCGGCGGCCGUGACGAUGGCGGUGGUGAUGGUAGGUGCAAUGGUGCGAUUGCAAGGUCGCAAGGUGCGGGGGAAGAUGGCGGUGGCGGCGGUGGCGGCGGUGGCGGUGGCAGCGGUGGCGGUGCGUUGGCGGCGGCGGCGGCGGAGGGUGCCGCUGCCCACUCGGAGCAUCGUAUGCAGUGGUUGCGGGCGUUGCUGCUGCAGCAACAACGAGCCGAGAUGUCACUGCUGCAACAACAGCAACAACACCUAGAGAAGCAGCAGCAGUUUCAGCUGCAGCAGCCAAUGCAGCAGGAGGAGAAGUAGUGGCAAGUGCUGCUGCAGGCACGCAGGAUCGGCGACACACAGGAGCGGCAAGUAUCCCUGGGAGGAGGGGAAAGCUUGCGUGACGGCAGCGACGGGGCAGCGAAGGCUGCAGUUUUCACGCAGUGAUGUAGUUGUGAUGGAUAACCUUUCUGAGACUGGGAGUACGUUCCUGGGCUGAUGGAUUUGCUCUUGUUGGCGUUACGACACAUGUGAACUGACGCGCAUCCAAGUACGUGCGGGUUCUUGUUGGUUAUGCAGCAGGUGAGUGCGGGCGAGCAUGUCACUUUAUCGAGUUGUAGUACCAACUGUCCUGGAUGCGGUCCAGGUGUUGGUUUUGAAUUGUCCUGGAUCUGAUGGUUGGUUGGAUGGCACAUACCUCUCUGUGGCCCCAUCGUGCUUGCUUACCGGUAACUUACGUGCGUUACAAAAUGUAGGAUUCUGGUAUACAUCCGAACGGGCAUGCAGGUUGUGUUGCUGGGACCACGAUAACGGAGGUGAACCAUGGGUCUUUGGCGCCCCUAACUCCACGGCUGAACCAGUCGAGCCGUGUACAUGUGUACGUGCAUACUUUCAAGGCCAGGCUGCCUGUACCGGUGCUUGCGGUCAACCACGUUAUUUGUUCUUAUUUUUCGCCGCCAUAAGUAGACUAUUUAAAGCCACGUUUGUACUAUCGUACAGGUUAGUAGAAUCUUGGAGGGAUGCAUGUGCCUGGGUGGAAUUGCCUCGAGGUCACAAGGGAUAGCUGUGGAGGCGCAGCAAACCAUGUAUCGCUUAUUAGUGUGUGGAAUGGGUGGCCUUGGAUUCCGUUGUCUGCUUCGCGUCUGUUGGAGGGGCCAUCCGUCGGCAGUCCUGAGCAAUGUGUUUGACGCAGUGUGCAACUACGCUCGAGCUGGCUGUAGCUGUAAGCGUGUCGCGUUCUAUGCUACGCGAGCGACAAGGCUUGUUACGCUGCCUUGCAACAUGCACGGCAACAUCCUCAGCAGUACAAGUAUGUUUGUAAGGGAACAAUGAAUUCCCUUAACUAGCCGUUGGUUAUUAUGACUCUUCCUAACUAUUAUUAGUGCAGCUACACCGCGGUCAUCGCCGCCUUAGUGCGUCGCCUAGCUAGGUCGGACUGACGAGCAAUCGGCUAUGUUACAGCAUUAAGAUUUUGAAAAAGCGUUAGUUCUACUGCAUCUAUGGGUUAUUGUGAUUAACGCGGGCACCACCCGAUAAAGGUUACCGGUAUGCAAGUGGCAGCAGGCCAUGAAUUAUUUUAUCAAAAAGCAGCACGAUACCGGUAAUGGCCAAGUCAGCAUUAUAGCUCGAUAGACGUCAUAAAGACUACGCGAAGUCGGGUGGCUUGGCGCCUCAAAGACCGAUGAAGCGGGGCAGACCUGGAGCGGAUGCUGUGGAAGCAGGACGCCCAUCUAUGCGACGGGCCUGUAGUGACAGCACAUGCAACAGCGAUGCGGCUGAGUUCGAGCGAAUACACUCGGUACUUCCCGUACUGCCCGAAGCCUUGGAAGGCACCCGUGUUACGGAGUGCCCUUCAUCACAUUUUGGCACACGUUGCUCCGGCAACACCGGCAGCUGCGGUGGAUUACAAGGCAGGGACACUGCCGGUAAAGCCCACAUGCUGAUCACCCCAACCAGCACAUCCGAACGCGCUGCCGGGAACGAUGCUCCAUGCGCGCCUGCUGCUCGACACGUGGCCCCCGCACCACGUAAAGGCGCUGACACCGGAAGUCGCGGCCACCCGAGCUCAGGCGGCGGCGCCAUGGGGCUCCGUCGCUCCCUGCAGAUGCGGGGCACCAGCGAGCUCUCGGUGUUGCCCUUGCAGGCCUUGCAGCAGCGGCUCAGCGGCUUGGACCGGGAGGAGCAGGCGCUAUUGGAGGGGCUCCGCAGCCUGCGGCGCGAGUAUGAUGCCCGCAUGGCGGCCCUCGCUGUGGAACCUCCUGCUUCGGUAAGCCCAGCUGCUGCUGCGGUAGCUGCAGGGGCGGUGGCUGCGGCUGCCGCUGCGUCACAGCCGGUUGCAGCAUCAGCAGCAGCCGGCGUCGCUAUCCCAGCUGUGUUGACGGCGGCAACACGGGCCGCACUUCCACCGCCUCAACCAGUAGCACCGCCGCAGCUGCAACAGCAACAUCCGCAGCACCAGCAACGACAGGAUUUGCAUCUUGCCUGCAGCACUUCGCAACAUCAUCAUCAUCAUCAGCAGCUACUGCGCUUGCUAACAGCAGCAAUGCCUAACGGCCAUCACCUUACGGCGCCGUACUCGCCCCCAAGUGAUCACCCAAUCCCGCCGCCGCUGCUGCAACCCUCCAGACCAGGGAGACCCUCGGAGUCCACUGCUGCCGCAUGCGGCUCCUCCCCUCCUGUCAGUUAAGGAAACUGGCCGCGAGUCGGGACGUACUGUGAUUACGGCACUGAGGCAUUCAUCGUAUCUGCAUGCACCGGAUACUAUUGGUCGACCAUGGCGGUUGGGCUAGGGUGUGUAGUGCCUAGUGUGGUAGUGGCGCGAAACCCGGUAGGCUUGCAUGUGCGUCUAAUGAUGGGGAAGACAUUGUAUAUAGGAAAGGCUGUGUUGUCCGCUUAGCAGAAAGAGUUAAGGAUGCUGUAUGGAGGGCCAGAUGGUGUAACCUCGACCAACACUGCGAAGCGUGCAUUGUGUCACCAUGCGCCAAACUACAGUUGCUUGUUGAUUACCGCACCAUUGGGACCUGUCAACUGUUGCUAGUUGUUUGCGGAAUGGGUGGAAGUGGGUGUAGCUGCGUGGCCGUGUCUCGUGCGGUGGGGCCAAAGCCAUAUCUUGUCCGCCGUUUUAGGAGGACCUGGAGUGACAGACGUCAUGUCUAAGGCAUACGGCCAGGCGCCUGUUUAUAAUUGAUGUCGCUAGAGAAAGCAGAGAUAGUUGAGGACAGGCUGUGCAUUGGCAGGCCGUAGCUAAAGGCCAAGAGUGCAACCGUGGCUGCGCCUGAGCUGUCCGUUUUAGGUUUUCCGCAAUCCGCUGUCUUUCGGCAAACGGAAUCCGGAAUCACCCUGGUAUAGAUGGCAUUUGCAUCAAAUGAACGUUG